AUGUCUUUGGCGUUUGUGCCACCGCCAGCAAGGGGGAAUCCGGCAGAUCAUCAAGCUACGGUUCAGAAAUUGCUAGAUGAGAAUUCAAGGCUUAUAGACAUUAUUACGGAACUUCAAAAUCAGGGACGCGCAGACGACGCAAUCAAACAUCAGGAGCUGCUUCAUAGAAAUCUUGUUCAUCUUGCUACACUCGCUGAUCCAGCAUUGGUUCCUCAAUUAAAAAAAGAUGAUUCACAAGCACAAAACGGAGGAAGUGAACCCGCACAGAAUGCGAAUGGCGGUCCGCAACAUAAUGGUCAAAUACCUGCCCAUUUACAAACGGGACCACCACAGCCACCGCCACCGCCGGCAGCAUUCGCGCCACCUCCAAACGGCGAUCCGUACCAGCAUUAUCCAAUGAUGCAUCCCGGGCAACAUCCCGGACAACAUCCUGGACAGCAUCCUGGUCAAAAGCCGAUGCCACCGCAGCCGUAUCCGCCAUUCGGACAACCUGCACCGCAAAUGCCGCCUGGAAGACCAAUGCCUGGAUAUCCAUAUCCUCCUCAACAAAUGCGUCCAUACGGUCCUCCACACGGCUAUGAUGGCCAACAAAUGUAUCCAGGGCCUGGAAUGGCCCCACCACCGGGUGGACCACAACCAGGACCCCCACAGCAAUAUAUGCGAUAA